GGCGACCGCCAGUUCUUUACUUUUUCGUUUUCGGUCAUAUUUUCUCAAAACCUUUUCUUUUCUCUCGCUCCUAGUUUUUCCCGUACACCUUGGAUCUUGUACGGCCCAAAAGAUGCGGCUUUAUCCGGGCCUGGCGCUGUUGCUCUCGCCCAAAUGCGUCGCGUCCACCAAGAGUUUAUCCAGCCAUGAGCAGAUCGUGAACAUUCUGAAGCAAAGUUCCAAAACGGCGCAACCCACCGGCGCCGGGGAUGCAAUGGCAAAUGUCUCAACCAGGGUACAGCAGUUGGUGUCGCUGUUGCAGCAGCUAGAAGGGGAGCUUGACCAGGAAUUCCAGUCCGCGCAGAAGGCCUACGACAAGCAAUCCUGUAGCCACGAGGACUAUCCAAGAAAAAAAAACUGCGUUAGGGUGAAUUUCUUCGAGUGACAGCGUGCUAGAUUUCUUCUGCGUGACACAGAAGGCCGGCCAUUCACCGACAGUUCGUGAAAACACUUUAACUGUAUUGCACGCUUUUGACUAGAAACUUUCACUUACGCAGUUUUUUUUUCCUGCAUAAACACACUAUCGCCGGGGCAAAAGGUGCGAUCAAAGAGGCGGAGAUCGACAUCGAUAGGCUGGAAGAAGUGAUCCAAAAGAACGUGGCUGAUAUCGGUACGACGUUUUUGUGUUAUGCUGUAGUUCUGACUGAGAUGUAAUGCUGAAGCUCUUCCUUGACAUCAAAGCAGCUGGCGGGCUCAGUGGCCGCAGAUUUACUUAGAUUCUGCUAAGCAUGCGGACGCAGAUGCGGCAAUAUGAAUAUUUAAAUCACUUACAACAGCUGUCUACAAGGGCAAGAUAAAAAUGGAAGAAAACAAGAUUGCAGAGAAGAAGAAAGCCAUUGAGGACGCGAUUGCCCAGAGAACGGAAGAGCAUGGCGAAUACGCUGAUACCGUGAAUGAGUUCGAAGCCGCCAUCUCUUCAGCAAACAUGGCUUACAACGUACAUCCACUUUUGUUUUAAAAAGUUUCGGUCAGUUCUUUGGUUUCCACAUCUGGUUGCGAGCUACGGGGGUAUAAAGUGGCUCAUUUCAUCUGUCUGUGAGUGUUAAAAUCUGAGAGUGAUAUUUAAAAUCACAACCUAAACUUUUCUCUCCCAGGUCCUUUCGGAGGCACAAUCCGGUGCGCGCACCACGACCGCAAAGGCUGCGGACUACAGUUUGCUCUCUAAAGCGUCUUCCUCCAAAGAUCUGUUCCAGAACCUAAAGAAGGCGAUUGCCCUCCUUCCCGUGGGCAGCAGGAAGCUGACCCCGAGCCGCGUGGAGGCGCUGUCUGAGUUUGUGGAUGAGAAGAUUAACACUGGGGACAAGAAGGCGCUGCUCCAAUUCGGCCCGGGCUCGGCGAAAAUUCUCGGCAUUCUGAAGGACAUGCGCGGUGAGUACACCGCGAAGUUGCAAGGCCUGCAGGAGGCGGAGCAGAAAGCCGCGACGGCGCACGUGCACUUCGUGGAGAAGAUAUCCACAGUAAAUUUGCCGUACACGUACAAAUGCAGUCUCUCCAUGACAAAACUUGCCUUCAAUCCUAGUCUAGCAUGACAAGUCGGACACUGCAAGUUGGCGAAAUUUGUCAUGCAUUUUGUACAUGUGCGGGAAAUUUACAUUGCAUAGAAGACCAACAAAAUGAUCGACGCCCUGAUCAAGUCGAAGGAAGCGCACGAGGCGAAAUUGUCCGAAACGGAAGCCGCGGAAGAGAAGCACCGCAACGAGAAGGCCGCUGCGCAGGACGCUCUGAAGGAAAACCAAGUGCUUUUAAAGGACACAACAGAGGCGUUCCGCGAGUUGUCCCGGUUGUGGGCCGACACCAGUGCGAAGCACACUUCGGAAAUGACGGGUCUAGGCAAGGCGAUCGAAUUGCUGCUCAAGCAGGGACAAGUCGGCACCAUGAUGAUCGACAAGGAGAGGAUUGCGCUCAUGCAGACCGGUAUUUAUUGAGACUGGUGUUUUUCUCAAAGUUAAGGAGUAGUUGUAGGUACUAGCGAUUUCCAUGAUCUUUCAGCAGGUGAAGCAGAAGCUGCUGGUGUACAACUAUUUGGUCUGAGCAGCACAAAAUUGUUCUUGGAGUGCCCAACAUCUUCGAAAUGUUGCCAAUCUAAGUACCCUCUAAAUCAAAAUCAAACCCAGCUUCCGCGGUUGUCGCCUCGGACACGUACGACACGGCCUUCAAGAAGAUUGUUUGGGCCAUCGAGGAUAUGGUCGAGGUCCACAAGGCGGAGAUGGCGGAGAACCUGGAGAAGAAGCAGACCUGCCAGGAUUCCAUCGCCGGCACGGACUCCGCGGAGCGCAAGCGCCUCGCCAAGAUCGACAGCAUCAAGUCCAGCAAAGCCAAGGCCGAGGGAGAGAAGGGCGAGACGGAGGACAGUAAGGAGAAGGCGGAAAAGGAAAAAAAGGCGGCGGAGGACGAGACCGCGAAGGGGCAGGGCGAGUGGGAAACCGCGCGCGACGCCCGGGCCAAGGAGAUUGGCGAGCUCGAAGAGUCGAUUUCGCUGAUCGCCGGCGCGAUGCGCAGUCUGACGGAAAACGACCCGAGCGGGAGAUUCAAGAACGUCAUCGCCAUCCUGGUCAUGGUUUCCGACGAAGCGAAGGCAGAAUUCAAGGAGGUGUCGAAGGCCAAGGCGGAUGAAGAGGAGGCCUGGGUCAAGGAGAAAAAGGUCCUGUACGACCUGAUCCAAUUGAAAAUCGAGCUACGUCCUGGGAAAAUUUGAUCCAGAGUCAAAGUUCUUGAAGUUCUCUUUUGCAUGAAAAGCAUGUAACUAACGGAGAGGACGCGAGCUAGCUUUUGUAUCGUGUCAGUUCUCUUUUAUACGCCCUUGGUAGAUAAACGAGACACAUUGGCAUGCUAGCAUGUUGAAACUUUACUGAGCCGUUUUCACCAGAGUUUUGACUCGAGUUUUUCCCACGACGCUGACAAAUUGAGCAGAUGGAGAAGACCAUUACGAAACUUGAAGGCGAGAUCGCCCGUUUGGACGAAAAGCUGAAGAAAACGGAGGCCAUGGAGCGGCCGUCCACGGAGGAGUGCGAGACGUUUUUGGAAGAGUUCCAGGGAAAGCAGGAUGGCCUGACCAAGGAGAUCGAGGACCUGGAUUACGCCAAGGCCGAACUCGGGGGCUGGACCAACCAGUCGGUCGAGGCGCAGCACUUUGACGCAGCGGAGGUUGCGCCAGAACCGUGAAGGGCGUUUGUUUAGCUCUCUUUGCUCACUCUGAAUACUUGGGGCCACAGUGACGUGCUGUCUAGUUGUUUCCCCGUUUCACCGCACGAAGCUGUCGUGCCCCCGUCUACUGGAGGUGCGCCUCAUAGCUGCGAAUAAAUUUUGAUAACAUUCUAUGUUGUUUCUGACGGUAAUUUUGCGAUUGCGGCGUACUUUGAAUUUUCAAAAUAAUGCACAAUUUUCAUGAAAAGCAAAAUGCAGUUUUCGGUUGUAUUCGUCAUCACCUCAGUUUUUCUACGCGUGUUUUUUUUGUCAUCGGAUAUAGCAACAGACCUUUUUAUUUACAUCGGAUAUUAGCAUUCAACCUAGGAGUUCACAUCGGAUAUUAGCAGAUCACAAACCCUAAAACUUGAUUGAUAUAGCAUGAAGGUCGUAUUUUGUCAUCGGAUAUAGCCUCGAAAAGAUCGCAAAAACUGAAGAUGACGCGAUGCUGUGGCUGCUUUGCUACGAAAAAAAAUGAUCGGAAAAAAAGUCCAGGAACAGAAUUCACGAUAGCUCCGCGAAGUUUCAGCUCAGAAAACAGCUUUGAAUGAUUGUAUACAAAGGAUGCAAGAAAGUGAGCCGAGCACGAGAGUCAGACAGAUUCAAGUCAUCAAGAUGAGCACGACGGACUAGAGUCGAUUCGGAAUCCGCGUGUUUUCACCACCAUUUAGAGGCAAUCGGCGAGUUUCAGCGACUUCGCGUAAGUCAUACGGCUUCUGCGAUGUAGUAAAUUACACAGACACGGCGAUCUCAGGAGUGUAAUAACGACAUGCUGCGAUAAAAGCUUUCAAUUCUGAUGGUUUUAGCGAAU